AUGGAAACCCCGGCAGACCGGCCGCCCGGGAGAGUUACUUCCAAGCUUGCCCGGAACCAAAGAGGAUUCGCGCAAGCGCUACCGGCCACUUCCGGCCGUCAGAGGCGAGAGGCGGGACGGGGCGGGGCGGGGCGCCGCGCCGCGCCGCGCCUGACUCCGACGUGUGGCGUGCGGCUGCCCCCUGCUGGCGGCGCGUGUGAGACCACGGAGCGGGACCGCCUGGCUGUCGAAUACCGCGCGCUGCUCCUGUCCCUGAGGUCCUCAGCUGCUCAGAGAGGCCUGGCUCUUGUCAAGAAUUUUACUAUUAUUAUUUUAAACACAAUUGCCCCUGACCCGCAAAGCGUCUUUUUGCUUGCUGGAAAGGGGAAGUUAGAGGGGAGUAGAAAAGAUCCCGCCUUCGAAGAGAAGAUGGAGGAAGGCGCUCAGGGCCCAGACUGGGACAGUGAUGAAACCGUGAUUGAGGGGUCGGUGACAGAGAGCGACCUGGAAGACGAGGAGCUUCCCUGGAGAAGGUUGCUCUUUGAUCAAGACACAUCUCUUAGAUCUGAGUUCACUAUUCAUCCUGGUAUAAGUGGAUUGUGCAAAGGCAUGCCUUCUCCUGAGAUUCAACUUGGGCACAAACUCAGUGAGGGUCUGCAAGAGCAAAUGAAUGAAAAUAAGAUGAUGACUGUUCUUAGUGUGGAUACAGUAUCACAGAUUAGCACACAUCAGUUGAAAAAAACUACUGUUUUUCUUCCUAGCAACCUCAAGAUGAAACAACACGAAAUCAAGCUGGGUUACAGACUAGGAAACAUUUUCCAGUGUUCACUCUGUCAUUUCCGCAGGCUGGACUUUUAUCGAAUCAUCGAAACAUUGAAGGAACUAAGUGAAGACAGAGAUUCCCCUGAAAUUAGCCUUCUCUCAGGUACUCCUAUUACAGUAUCUGGUGUGCUUGCUGUAAAGGAGAAAUCAUUAACAGAGCCAGAGACUGUCUUAACAGUACCACAUACAUUUUAUGAACCUGGGAAGGAAGUUACAAUGACUAUGACUUCUAAAGAAACCAUGGAUGAAGAAAGCUCCCUUGAAACUUUCGUGUCUGCCUUAGAAAGGUUGCUAACGUCACCAGAAAGCACCCAGGAGGAAAGACUGAUUGAAAUAAUGAAUGAUUUUGAUCCUGGAGAAUUGAGUAACUCCCUGAAUUCCAUAGAAAUACCUUUGAAUGUUCCAUCAGCUUAUAGCAGAGAUUUACUAGAAAAUACCAAGGAUGAUGCAUUGCCUGCAGAGUUGUUGGCGGCCCUGAACACAUUGUCAGAAACCAAGCUGGGACCCAUCUGUCACAGAAAAGAGGAAGACAACAAUCUUAGUGAUAAAAAUGGAUGUUUAGAAGUAGAGCCUCUAAUGUCCCAUACUGAUGAAGAUUGUACACAAAUAGCAGAUAUGAAUUUUGAAUCUCUUCAUUCUACUCAAUCAUUUGAACAAAGUUCUAACUUAGCCGGGCUGCAGGACAACCAUCUAGCAGUGAAGCAAACUGUUGAAGACCCAAAUUCAUUUGAAAUGCCAACCUUGCCUCAUCAAAAUGUUCCCUCUUGUAAGCCACCAAAUAAUAAGGGGAAUUUAAAUCUUAUGGAAAAUGCCUCUGUACAGGAAACUCCACGUAUGUUAAGAAGAUCAUCUAGACUAGAAAAACGGAAAGGAAAUAGAGUAGAUACUGAUUUUGAAGUGAUACAUAGGAGGCUCAGAAUACUCAGAUUUGUAGGAGACUACACCUACACAGGAGAAACACAAAGAGAACUAGAAUCUGUAAUGACCGAAAAAAUGAAGAUGAAUAAAAUACGUCUUUCUAGUAUAAACCGGAGAAACGUUUUUGGAGAGAACUUAUUGUAUAAGGCUGCUCUGCACAAUGAUACUGAUCUUGUACAUCUUUGUAUUAAAAAAGGUGCAAAUGUUAAUCAGCCAAGUUAUGCUGGUUGGACAGCACUUCAUGAAGCUAGUGUAGGAGGAUUUUAUCACACAGCAACUGAACUAUUAAAAGGUGGAGCAGAUGUAAAUAUUAAAGGAAUGUACCAGAUCACUCCCCUCCAUGAUGCUGUGAUAAAUGGACAUCAUAAGGUGGCAGAAUUACUUCUUUUAAAUGGAGCUGAUCCAUUAUUUAGGAGUGACAAUGGAAAGUGUGCUUUGGAAGAAGCCAAAGAUUCUUAUAUGCAGCGUCUCCUUGAGAGAUAUCUUCCUAAACAUCCAAGAGGUCUUACAUCAGCACGAAGGAAUAGCACUGAUCCAGAAGAUGUGGACAUUGUACAACAGCAUAAGAAACCAAAAUUUGGUUCCAAAAAUCACAUUGGGUUUGUUCGUAAUGAAAAUUAUAACAGACAGAAACCAGAACAUGUAGAAGUCAAUAAAAGAAGCAAAGAGGGUUCAUUUAUAAAUAAAGAAGAUAUAUAUGAACAUUACCAAAAAGAUACCAAAUCCACAAAAUUUGGUAAAUCCAAGCAUAAACCAUCAACUGUUGACCAAAUAUGCUGUACAGGACUCAGUAAGGUCAGUCUCCAUAAUGACAAAGAUAUCAGCACAAGUGUGUCUAAGGGUAAAAGAAGAAGAAACACACAACCUAAAAGGACUCAUGUGAAUGAUGAAGACUGCAGUUCAGGACAGAUAAUAGCUGUCUCUUCUUCCAGGAGAAUAAACAGACUGACUGUUCAUCAGCAGCAUAUUCUCCAAACCCCUGAUGAUCUUCCAGAAGAAUCAUGUGAACCUUCCAGUUGUACUCUGUCAAGCCUGAAAAAUGGAUUAGAUAAUAAUAUUGAGACUUAUUCAGUUUCCAAAGAAACACAUACACCCAGCCUGGAUUUAUCAGAUAGUCAAGAAAUGCAUUUCUUGGAGUUAGAAUCUGUUGGCCAAACUGAAGCUAUUUCUUUCUCAGGACUUUCAGUAGGUAAAGAAAUCAAGUUACCACCUAUUACUGCAGAUCAGCCACUUCAUGCUCACCAAGAACAACACUGUAGCCCUUAUAAAUUUUGUGAAUAUAAUAACUCAAAUAAAAAAGAAGAGAGCUUUAAUAAAUGGGAAAAUUGUUUCCUAACCUUUAUAAAGGAAAAUUUUGAUAAAGAUAAUGAAGGCUAUACCUCUGAGAAGACUCUAACACCUAAAGAGGUGGUAUGUUCUACACAAUGUGAAAGCCACUAUAAUUGUGAGAAUUUAACAAAUAGAAAAGAAAUAGAUUUUCAACAACUUUUACUAUCUGAAGACCAUUUUUCACAGGAAAAGGCAUUAAACAGUGUAACCACACUUCAACAACAGGAAGUUAUUAAUUUUUCUGAUUCAGAUAGUAUACUCAUUUCUGAUAAACAUAUUGCAAAUCAUGUACAAUGCAUGUAUGGAACAUCUUUUGAUCACUCACAUGGCAAUCCUGAGCAAACUUCCAAGGCUUAUACAGGAACAGUUUCAACACAUGAAGUUUCAGAGUUGACUAGUCAUGUGGAGCUAUUAAAAAAGUCUCAGGAUAAUAGCCCCAGAGAACCAACUCCUUUAAUGAAUCGAAUGGAAAAACAUAUUGUGGAAAGGGUGUAUAUAGAAAAGAAACAAGAUACUGAAAGGAAUUACACUAAAAAACGCCAAAUUACAAGCUCUUCAAAUAAGCCUUCCCCCACAGUUGAUCAUUCUCAAGGAGUAGAAAUAACUAACGUUGAAAAAAAGAGACCAGACCUUACAGAGAGUGAGUCCAUACAUAAUAUAGAUUUUCAUUCUACUGACAGUGUGAAUAAAGAAGUGACCAUCAUCUCACAACUUUAUCAAAGAGAAAAGGAGGAAAAUUCUCAUAAAUCAGAUGAGGAAUUAACUAAUAAAAUCAGUGGAGAUGAAUGUGCUAUAAGAAGUUAUGAGGAUGAAAAAGAAAAAAUGGAUUCAGAAAUUUCCAUGUCUCUGAAUACCCAAGAACACAAAAAAGAAAUGAAGACAGCUGGGAUCAAUAAAAGGAACAUCCGAGGAGAAAGCCGGCUUCAUUUGGCUGCUAGAAGGGGAAAUUUGUCCCUAGUGAAAACGCUAAUAGAAUCUGGAGCAGAUGUGAAUCUAAAAGAUAAUGCAGGUUGGACACCACUUCAUGAAGCUUCUAAUGAAGGAUUUAAUGAUAUAAUUGUAGAGUUAUUAAAAGCUGGUGCAAAUGUUAAUUGUGAGAAUAUAGAUGGAAUUCUGCCCUUGCAUGAUGCUGUUGCAGGCAAUCAUUUAAAGGCAGCUGAGAUACUACUACAACAUGGAGCAAACCCUAACCAAAAAGAUCAAAACCAGAAGACUGCUUUGGAUGAAGCCAAUAAUGAUAAAAUGGAAGAGUUGCUAAAAUCUUAUGGUGCUAUUAAAGCCAGUAAUAGAGAUGAGAGUAAUGCUACAGUCACUGUAAAAAUUCCUGCUACUCGGUCAAAAAGACAUAAACAGUGUUUUUGUGAUGUCGACAAAAACGUUGAUCCAUCUUCCCUUUCACACCAAGAGCAAACAAGAGAAAGCCUUCCUGUGCAUGAGACCAUCAGUGCUAUUCUGCAAGAUAUAGAAGAAAGACAGGAAAAUUUAUUAGCGUUUGAAAUAAGAAACCCUGAAGAUGCAGAACAAUACAUUAAAAAGAUGUUAGAGAUAAAAGAGAUUAUGGAUAAUGUACUUGCCAAACAGAAAGCAGAAAGGGAUGAUCUGGCUAAAAAAUACAGGGUAUCCAUAGAGUCAUUUAAGCAUGGAGCCCUGAGAGAACAGCUGGCCAACUUGGCCACAAGACAGAAGAGCCUUUUAGUUGUGGCAAAGAAACAGAAAAAAAUAAGACUGAAAAUUCAAGAUUAUAAGAAUGUCACAGCAUUGUCUGAUUCUAGUUUAAAGAAGUUGCCAUCCAGCUCACAUAUCUUCAGUGAAAAGGACAACAAAGAGCUUACCAGUCUGGAAAAUUCAGUGCAGCCCCAAUCAGGUUCACUUUCUGUUGUCAAUAUUGCUUGUAGAAGCAUUCAAGAAACACCAUUGUCUCUGAAAACUUGGCAUGAUAGCCAUAAUACUAAUCUUUGUCCAGAUUCAGAGGCAGUAAGAAGGGGAGAAUUUUCUGGAAGUGAGAUGAAUUCUAAACAAAAUGAUUGUACUUUGGAUGAGUUAUUGAAAUCUAGACACCCAGAUGGCACUGAUAAUAUUAAAUUAUCAUCCCAACCUGUUACUUUCUUUGCUCAGGCAGAAUAUGCACAAAAAGAUAAUGAUCAUACAGAAACUAUAGCCAAAGAUUGUGAAUUCUAUAGUCCUUUUGCCAUAACUGGCACAUUAAAUGAUUCCGAACACACAAGUAUACUUUCCCAAAAGGAUGCCCAUCCAUCAACUGUUAUUUGGGACCAGGACCUUUCCCAGUAUGAUCCAAAAAGAGGAAACAGAAAAACAGCUUCCCAGCAACCACCUGGGGAGGCAUCAGAAUCCUGGGCACAUCAAGGCAUUGCUGUCUCGGGCACUGACACUGUGCAUCAGAUGAAACAAAAUCUUGAAAAACCAACUUCUGCUGUUUUACAUAUAAAUCACAGUCAGAUCUCUUCUUCCUCUGGGUCUGGCCAUCAACAUACUACAAAAAAGCCUUUAAACUACAGCACAGCUCCUAAAAAGAAAUGUAUGCAGAUAAAAGAUUUGAUAUUACUAGGAAGAAUGAAUCCAGGAAAUAACGUUCUGGAAUUUAAAACACAGGAGACUAUCCACAAAGCCAGUGUUUUAAUAAGUGGUAAAAUUAAGGUAGAAAAUGGACAGAUUUAUCAAAACCCAGUCACUUGGCUCAAGGAUCUUUUGGGAGGUGAUAGUUACGUGACCUGGAAUUAUGCUUGGAGUAAGGUAACAUAUCUUGGGAAGGAGCUUUUAAAGUAUGUUUCUGAGGAAGUACCUGAAUCUGCAGAACCAAAUGUAGUACCUAAACAACAUCAGCCUUGUCUUCCAGUACGCUCUCUUUAUCCAGGCUUCCCAGUUGAAGACAAUUUAAGCAGAGAGGUGGUGCAAAAUGGAAAACGAUGA